UCAAAAUCUAACAAACGUUUAUCUCAAUUUCUCUCUCUAGGGCAUUUCCAGCAAAGCUUUUGUUCCCAAUAAUGAUGAUUGGUGUAAUGCAGAAGUAACUAAUGUUGUUGGAGAAUAAGGGUGCAUCACAAAAUUUGUUGAUAUUAUUAUUUUACAUCUAAUGGACGGUCAAGAUGAUGCUAAACAAAGCACCACUGACAUGACUGCAUUUGUGCAAAAUCUUCUUCAGCAAAUGCAAUCAAGAUUUCACACAAUGUCAGAAUCUAUCAUCUCUAAAAUUGACGAAAUGGGUAACCGGAUUGAUGAGUUGGAGCAGAGCAUCAACGAUCUUAGAACUGAGAUGGGUCAGGAAGGCUCUCCAUCGCCUUCAGCUGCAGCGAAGAUUAAAGAAGAACCAAAAUCUUGAGGAGAUAGUUAAACAUAUUUUUGAGUGUUGCAUAGUGCUAUCUUUGAGGAGGCACUAUACAAGAAUCACUAGGAGCACAAUCUUGUGAUUGAUAUUCAACUGUGUUUUCUAAUCGGAGAUUGUUUGCAAUUAUGCAAAUUUGGUCAGCUUUGUGCUUCAUUUAAAGUUCAUUAAAAUGAGCUUUCGUUUAGUAAAAA